AUUGAACACCUGUUUGGGAUGCAGCUGCACAAGGGCUUAAGAAGUUUAAAUUCUUGGUAAGUGCAUAGGUACGCAAGUGCAUUCACCUUGGGGGCCCCCGUGGUGGCCCAGGAUUAUUUCCCUAACCAUAGUCGCCAGGAUUCUUUAAGCCUUGUUUCUAGAGGGAUCUCCUGGGUCAUCUCUGAGACAUGCAAAUUGCUGGGCCCACUCCCUUGGGAGUCUGGAGCCUCAAAAGAGAAGUUGCUAACUUCACAAAUCUCCUAGGUGGCUGUAAAGCAAGCUGACUCGCAACCACUCUGAUCAACGCUAUGUCAGUGUCAUAAAGUCCUUUUUCUAGUUAUGUUCCUUAACUUUCUCCCAAGAGAGCUAGCUAAUGUAACGCCUCCCCCUCCCCCUCUAUCCCAUCUUCUCCAGGGAAGAACAUUUCUUGUGAAUUUCUCUUGAUAGAAGGACAAGCUCCAGCCCAAGGGAAGGUGCUCAGCCGGGGUUACCUCUCCGUGAUCCCCAUUAAUCACAGUAGCUCUAAGGGAGGGCAGCUGGCUCCUUGGGUUGACCUUGCCGGGAAUGGUCUCAGCUCACAGGUCCCAAGCACUCAGCGCGGUGUUGUGCUGGUCAUUCCUUAUACACUACUUUCCUACUUAAUACACUCGCAGAUCCUGUGCCACAGACACUGUGAGCAUUCUCUCCAUCUCAUAGUUGAGCACAUUGCAACUUAGAGACAUUGCAUAAAGAUUCCCACAGAAGGAUAUGAUUAUCUGGGGUCUGGCAGCUUAGGAAGCAGCGGUGGUGUGACCCAGGAGCCCAGGCUGGGUGACUGCAGAGCUUGCGAACGUCCUACUCAUAAACAUUCACCUGCACUAGUAGAACCCAAAAGAUUAUCGGGUAGCCUUUCCCCAAGCCUCUCUGCACUUGACCAGACAGAGGGAAAUGAGGAAAUGAGAAGUGACUGGAGAAGAUAAGAUGAUUUUUUCCCCAGAAUUCCCUUGACUGGAACUGGGACCUGUCCCUUGGGAGGCUCUAGUCAGCCUUUUCCAACUGGAUUUGUAGCCACUAGAUCUGGCUGGCCAUCCAGAUCACAUGACCCUCGUAAUCCAAGAUUUGGGUGAAACCUGAUCCUUAGGGACCUGAGUAAAUCUGUCCUGGAACUUGUGUGGAGAUUAAGGGCCCUGUCCUGUUGGUGGUGGCUGGGCAGAUGAAUUCAGCCCCGAUGUUGCCCUAAAGUUGCUCCAAAAUUCAAGAAGACUAAGACUGCAAAGAUGCCUCAGGAACAGUACCCCCACCACCGGAGCGCCGUGGCUGGUGCCGAGGGGCCACAGGUGUACAAAGUGGGCAUUUACGGCUGGCGGAAAAGAUGCCUGUAUUUCUUUGUGCUGCUCCUCAUGAUCUUAAUCCUGGUGAACUUGGCCAUGACCAUCUGGAUUCUCAAAGUCAUGAACUUCACGAUUGAUGGAAUGGGAAACUUGAGAAUCACAGACAAAGGUCUCAGGCUAGAAGGAGACUCAGAGUUCUUGCAGCCUCUCUACGCCAAAGAAAUCCAGUCCCGCCCAGGUAAUGCCCUCUACUUCAAAUCCGCCAGAAAUGUGACCGUGAACAUUCUGAACGACCAGACAAAAGUGCUCACUCAGCUGAUAACAGGUCCAAAGUCUGUAGAAGCUUACAGCAAGAAGUUUGAAGUCAAGACCGUGUCUGGAAAAUUGCUCUUCUCUGCAGAUGACAAUGAAGUCGUCGUAGGGGCCGAGCGGUUAAGAGUCUUAGGUGCGGAGGGCACGGUCUUCCCCAAGUCGAUAGAAACGCCCAAUGUCAGGGCGGACCCCUUCAAGGAGCUGAGGUUGGAGUCCCCCACCCGCUCUCUCGUGAUGGAAGCCCCCCGGGGCGUGGAAAUCAACGCAGAAGCCGGCAACCUGGAGGCCACCUGCAGAACAGAGCUGAGGCUGGAGUCCAAAGACGGAGAGAUCAGGUUAGAUGCUGCGAAAAUCAAACUCCCGACACUGCCCCGCGGAUCCUACGCGCCCACGGGAGCCCGGCACAAGGUCUUCGAGAUCUGCGUGUGCGCCAACGGCAGACUGUUCCUGUCCCAGGCGGGCACGGGCUCCACGUGUCACAUCCACACGGGCGUGUGCCUGUGAGAGGCCGGCGGCGUGGACGUGGUCAGCGGGGGGGGGCAGGCCUUUCUUUGGGGGGCGGGGGUCUUGAGACACUGGCUGCCAGCUAUUUUUACUACAACACAUAAAGCCUAUCAAAGACCUUUUGUGUGAGUGUAAGCGUGUGCGUGUGCGUGUGCCCGCGCGUGUGUGUAGGGAGGGGUGUGUUUGCAUGUGUGAGUGGCUAUAAAUAUAUAUAAAUAUAUUAUAAAUAAAUCUAUAUAUAUCCUCUGUAUAAAAUGAGGUUUCAGUACAAAAGCAACCACGGACAACCCUGUGAGAGCCACGUUCAUGUCCCACCCAUUGCCACCUCCCCCCCCCCACCAUGGC